CCGCCGGAUCUGAGAAAAAACAACUAAGGCAAAACAUAUAAAGAGUCUCUAUGGGUUCUCUGGAUAAAAGGUCAGGAUCACAAGUUGUUUCCCUUGAUGUUGUUGAAACAAAACACUUGAUUCAGUCUGGUUAUGUUUAUAUUGAUGUCAGGACAGUGGAAGAAUACAAGAAGGGACACGUGGAAGCAGAGAAGAUCCUUAAUAUCCCAUACAUGUUCAACACACCUGAAGGUAGGGUGAAGAAUCCUGAAUUCUUGAAGGAGGUUUCAUCUUUUUGCAAGGAGAACGAUCCUCUCAUAUUGGGCUGCCAAAGUGGGGUGAGAUCCCUUCAUGCAACAGCUGAUCUUCUUAAAAGUGGCUUUAAGAAUGUGACCAACAUGGGAGGAGGUUAUCUUGCUUGGACGGAGAAAGGGUUUCCUAUAAACCUAUGAAGGUGCAGGAGCCUGCAAUAUUAGAGGACAAGCCAAAAGAGCUGUGAAUGGUGAUGGAUUGUUGGUCAUUCU